AUGGAUCUUCUCGAUGGUAGACCUGCCUGUGGCUAUGUACUGGCCAUUAAAAAACGACUGCACUCGCUGGUGUGGCAUGAUCCGUUUUUUGGGGGUCCCAACAACCAACCAGCCCCGGACGCGAAUACCAGUGUCCAUGGUGCGCCAACGACGCCGUCCGCCUGGGCAUCUUACAAAGCUGUGAGCCGUGGUGCGCAUACACAGAGCAAGGAGGCGAUUGUUCCCUUUGGCAUUGCUGGCGGACCUGGCGACGGCGUGGUGAAUAGAUCUCGAGCAGCCCCAAACAUACAACAUAGCACGUUUUCGCAGCCAGUUUUCUGUAGUUCGCUGGAUGAGGCGGCCUGUUUGCCCAUCACCCGGUACGUAGCUUCUGCACCACGCUGUGCUCAUCAACUGGGCACCCAAGUCCCAACAUGGAGCGCAAAUGCCUCAUCCGCCAUGCUCAUAACCAGCCUUCGCAUCGCUCUGACCAUCCCACCCAUCCACAGCGGCCCUUCUUCUUUCCGGAAAUCUUCUUUCCGUACCGGUUACUUAUUCGUGCAAUCAUCGUUGGAUUGUUUUAUUAUUAUUAAGAACUUAAACUGUGUUCAAGUCGGAAAGAUGGCCAUCAAGAUUAGCAUGGUACUCUUCCUAUGGUUUAUAACUUCCCGGACAGGCUCGGCUGUGCCGAUCCCAGACCGGUUGAGUCUCCCAAACAUCCGUCGCGAGAUCCCCAUUUCCCCCCAUCUUUUUCCCCGUUUGGCGGUCUUAGUCGUCCUGAUGCUGACGAAACCAUGUCGUACAUUUUGCGUUGAUUGUCCAGAUGCCACAAACAUGAUCAUUAAUUGA